AUGAGAGCAAGAAAACUGUAUCCUAAAGGAAGAGGCGUGUUUUUUAAUGAGUUUAAAACCUUCCAAGUUUGGGUCAACGAGCAAGAUCACCUAAAAAUCAUCUCCGUCGCCCUUGGAUCCAACAUAUACGAGAGAUUGGUGAAUGGAGUGAACCAAUUAGAGCAGGUCUUGUCUUUCCAUCGCUCGGAGAAGUUGGGAUACCUCACACUUUGUCCCACAAAUUUGGGAACGACUCUUAGAGCAUCAGUCCUCAUCAAACUUCCUAACUUGGGUCGAAAUCCUCGACUCCUGGCAGAACUCUGCAAGAGGUACAGCCUUCAGAUGAGGGGGACGCUGGGGGAGCACAGUGCAGUGAAGGACACAACGUUUGACCUGAGCAACAAGGUUCGGAUGGGGUUGACGGAAUAUGAGGCCCUCAAAGUCAUGUGUGAUGGGGUCACGAAAGUUAUCAAGCAUGAGAUGACCUUCCAGAAACCGCAGCACUUCACCGCCUGA